AUGCGUUGGCCCUCGUGUGGCUUUCAAUCGCAGGUGUGCCCUCCUCGGGCAGAUGCGAAGAGGCCGCCCGCGUGCCGCGGGCUUGGCAUGCAGCAGGGGGAAAAGUUCGAAAUCAAAACACCGACUUUGGGGCCUUUGGAACACUGGUGUUUUGAGCCUCCGCCUCCGGGAGCGACACGUCCAGGUCCUUCUCAGAACUUCGAGACGCCCCCGAAGCGAAGCCAGGGCCCUGGCACACUGCUCCGUCAAGAAGACCAGACGACGCACCAAGGGCGCAGCCUGAAGGGUGCCGACAACGAGGCUCCGAAUGCCUUGAAGGCGGCUUGCGAGGCGCUGAGGAAGGAGUUCGCUGAGGACUAUUUCCUUGCACCGGCCAAGACAAGGCUCCCGCCAGAUGAGAUUGUACCCAGGCUCAUGAAACUCGGUGGACAGGCAGAGGCCUGCCAGGAGGCCCUGGCCCUGGCAAAGCAGAAAAAGAGUGUGAAUGUCUUGGUCACGGAGAACAAGGAGGAGUGGAUCAGACGCCUCGAGAAGGGCUUCUCGCUUCUUUUCGAGGGUGUCGGCUCCAAGUAUCGGCUUCUGGAGAACUUUGCGCAGGUCCUCUCCAAAUCUGGGAUGCCCACCGCCAUCUUCCAGGCCUUCGACAAGGGCAGCUCCCUGCCUGCUUUCCUGCGAGAGCUCUUGGAGCAACAUGGCUGGAAAGGAGCCGGCUCACUGCCCCGCCUUUGCAGCGCUUUGCUGGCUGUGAGGGUCCCAGCCUGCCUGCGCUUUGGCUCAACAGAAGUGGUUCCUCUGCAGGCCAGACGGGCGGCCACCGAGAAACACCCGUUGGUGCUCAUCAUCCACAACCUGGAGGUGCUUCCGGCGCCGCAUCUUAGCGCCCUCGCAUCUCUUGUGGCCACGAAAAAGGCUUGGUGUGACUGGGGUGGUGCAUCCUCCUCUCACUUCUCUCCUUUGUUCUCACCAGCGCAUCUUCGCAUGGCGUCGGAUGGGCUUCCAAGCCUGGCAGGAGAUUUGGCUGGUUGCCUCGGCAGUGGCCUCGGCGCUCUCCCUUUUCACAGCGAAAGUUGGGUGUCUUCGCAUGCCUUCGCCAAUGAGCCGACCCCGUGGAGUGCCGAGGUCGACAACAUCUUUGCCGAUGCGGCGUUCAACAUGGAUCCUUACGCUGCCAUGGAGCUACGGGAUUUCAGCUUCUCCUACGAAGAGGUGCACACUCGCGACAGCUACUACACUGUGGAACUGAAGGGCCGGUACCCGGACGGGCUGCCCUCGUGCACACACCCGCUGGCUACGAAGAAGCAGACAAAGGCGAGUCUUGGGCUCGUCUUGCGCUGCUUGACGCAGAAUCAGAAGGAGCUGGUGCAGGAGAUUGCCAAGGAGCAGCUGUCAAGAGGGCAGCAGGGUGUUCCAUGGGACGAGUUGGUGGUCUUGGCAUCCGACCUCAUGAUCGCCAACAACCACACGAAGCUGAGGCGCCUUUUGAGUGAGCUGACAGACCACCAGAUCCUCAUCGAGAGGCAUGGCCGCUUCGAGCUCGCGGUGAAGGAAGCAGUGCUCAGGAAGUUGGCCGAGGGCGAGUCGGUCGAAGACGUGGACGUCGAAGGCGAAGGUGAUGCCGCAGAUGACGUCGAGCACGAAGACGAAGAGUUCUCCGAGGACUUUGCUCUAGAGCCAGUGUUCAUAAGAUCUUGA